GCGUGUGUGCGAAUUAAAAAAAUAAAAUUAAAUAAAUAAAAUAAAUAAAAAUGUAAAAAACAAAAUAAAUUUUUGAUACUAGAAACGCGCGUUGUAAACUCAGCUCAGGUAUAAAUUUAGCAAUAAAUUAACAAUAAAAAAACAUAGACUGCAAUUUUGUGUACACUUUUUAUACAGUUGAAAAAUUAACGAAAAUUUUGAAGAACCAAAAAUAUUUAAACAUGCUGAGGCAGUUGCUUAGCAGGGCUUAAAAAAUAUUUUGUUAUAAAUAAGAAGCGGAAAUAGUUGAGAGCAGCAAAAAAUUUGUUAGACACGUGCGAAUUUAUGGCGCCGCGUCGCAGCAGCAGCAGCGGUAACUCUCAACAGCAGCAGCAGCAGCAACAACUAGAGCUACAACUCCAGCAGCAGCAGCAGGAGCUGCAUCUCUACAACUCCACUCUCCACUUCCCGACUCCGCUUUCUACAGCAAACAUGGCGCCAAUGCAGCAAACGCUCAGCGUCGGCGUUCAGUUGACGCGCUGUUGCUAUCCUAACGGUGAAUGCACCAAACUGGACACCCUCAUCGCCCUGGACGAUCAGAGUCGGCUCGGCGACUAUGUGCGCGUGGUGUGCAACAAUGAGAACUGCAACGAGGGCCAGUAUAUGCAUCGGGAUUGCUUCGAGCAGUGGGAGGCGGGCGUGCUGCAGCAGCUGAAGGCGAGCGCUCGGGGUCGCAGCUGGUCGGAGCGGCAGCGAGUGCAGCAGUUGUGGACCAAAAAGGGCUACGAUCUGGUCUAUAAGAAUUGCACCUGCAAGUGCGGCCGUGGGCAUUUGCGCAAGGAUCUGGAAUGGCCACCGACUGGAAUUUGUUUCCAGCGGUCGUUGAUUGGCAGCGGCGGCAGCGGCAGCGAUGACGAUGACAAAAAGGCGAAGGCGAAGAAGAAGCGAAAUCGCAAUACCAAUGGAAAUGCCAACAAUAAUAACAACAACAACAACAACUCAGCCAACAACCAAAAACAAGGUGUUGUUGCCCUAGCGCCGAUCAACACGAAUGCGGCGAAUAUUACGCCCAAUCCGAAUGUGGGCGUGAUUGGCUCUGGUUUACCCCACAACAACAACAGCAACGGCAGCAACAACAACAGCAGCAGCAAUAAUCAUGCCACUGGCUUGCAGCCCAGUGUUGUGGCAACCCUCAGCAACAUACUCAUGAGCAGCAACAACAGCAACAACAACAUCAAUGGCAACAACAACAACAACAACAAUCACAAUGUGUUGGGCCUAGAUUUGCGUGCUCGCGCUGGAAGCCUCUCAUCCAGUGGUUCCAGUUCGCCCUCGGCCUCGCAGUCCAGCGCGGACAGUUCGCUCUCGCCCGUGCAGCAGCAACAGUUGCACUAUCAGCAACAGCAACAACAGCAGCAAUUGCAGCUGCUGCAACAACAACAACAACAACAUAACGGUCUCGCCCUGGCCAAGUGCCUGCUGCAGCCACCAACACCGUCAGCAGCAGCAGCAGCAGCACCGCAGCUGCCCUCCUUGGCCAACAUCAGCGGAUUCAAGCCGCUCGCCAGCUACGAUCAGCAGCAGCUCGUGCAGCAGCAGAAGAACAAAGAAGUCGAAAUCUACUCGGAACGAGUGCGCUCCACCUCUGGUUGCAAUGGCAUCUUCUCACGUCGCGUGGAUUUCUCAUCAUUCAAUUUGCUGCCAAAGACGCGUUUGAAUUCUUAUCAAGUUAAGAUUGAGGACGAGGGCAAUCAUGGCAAUGAUGAGACACGCCUCUUCAUACUCUCAUCGCUGGCCCAGUCGCAGAUGAGUCGCGUCGCCUGCAUCUUGUGCGAGGAGCCGUUGCUUGUAUUCGAUCGCUAUCCCCUGGUCGAUGGCUCCUUCUUUCUAAGUCCCAAGCAGCAUUCCAGCGGCUGCAUUGAGGUCAAAUACGAGGGACGCAUGCUCUAUUUGACCUGCGUAUGCAUGAGCUGCCUGGAUGGCACCUCCAGCUGUCGUGUCAUCAGCUGCCGAUUCUGCAAUGAGCCCUGGGAUGGGUCCAACCUGGUGCUUGGCACAAUGUACGCCUACGAUAUCUUUGCGGCUAUGCCAUGCUGUGCUGAGCGUUUCAAGUGCAAUAAUUGCUUCAAGAUGCUAAUGCAUCCACAGCAGCGGCUGAGCUUUUACAGCGACUACUCGCACGGCGUCACUUGCCCCUAUUGCAACACGCAGGACACUCACUUUGUUAAGCCGCUUAGCUACUGCUACACCAAGAGCAAUGCGACGCGGCUGCAGGCGAUCGCAUAACAUGAGGCCCCGUUGGAGACACCAACGGUUGCUGGCGCAAAUGUAAAUGCGAACGCAGUCACAGCCAGUGGCAAUGGUGCUUCAACGGCCUCCAAGCAGCCGCUAUAUAAUGCGGCCAUCGACUACUCCGCCCCGCUGCAACAGCAGAUUAAUCCCGACUUAAUUGGCGCCCAUCCGCACGCCCAACAACAUCAGCAGGUAAGGCAGCAACAGCAGCAGCUACCACAGCAACAGCAGCAGCAGCAGCAGCAACAACAACAGCAAUUAGCAACAGUUGCCCCCACAGCAGUAGCUGCCACACAACGUGCACCAGAAGCUGCCUAUUUGGUAACAGCAACAGCUGCUGCUGCUCGUGCUGCCAACUACCAGCAGCAGCAACAAACCCAACAACAACAGCAGCACAAGUUAAGCUACUCAAAUAGCCUGAUGGCCAUGGCGGAUGUUAUGAGCAAGUAUCAGCAACAACAACAACAACAACAGCAACAGCCACUCAAGCAAUUGGGCCACUUGAGCCUGGGCCACGAUGCUAACGGGCUUUUAUUGAGCAACAUAAACAACAGCAACGCCAACAACGGCAACAACAGCAACAACAUUGGCGUUAGCAGCAGUAUUAGUAACUUAUUAAUUAGCCAUAAUUCACAAAGCAACAACAGCAACGGCAACAAUGGCGUCAAAUUGAGCGCCUGGUCACAGCCGGCACCCGCCGCCCACAUGGCCCAGGCGGAGGCCAUAUCCGCAUUGUGGGGCUGCGCCAGCAAUGCCUCAACCAGCGGCUCGACCAGCGGCUGCUCCUCGGGCAGCGGCUCACAGCCGUCGUUGAGUCCGACCAGCAGCCACAGCAAGGAGCUGCUCUGGGCACAAACCUCGCCCAGUUGCGCCCAGCUCAGGGAUAAUUUCUACAUAGCUAAGGAACUAAUGCUGCCGCAUGCUGCCUCCCCCACGGCCUCGUUGACCAGCUCCUCGGGCGCCUCCUCGAACGGUGGCAAUGGCUGGGGCAAUGGCAAUGGGACACAAUAUGCCAAGUUGAGUGCCGCGCAGAAUAUUUGGGAGCUGCCUACUGCUCAGGACAUGUUUAGCGAUCUCCUGUGCAAUUUGCACAUUAGCCAGGAUGGCAACAGUAGCAGCAGCAACAAGAGCAACAACAACAACAACAUCAACAAGCUCAACGAUGCUUCAGAUGUGAGCUCCAAUUCAUCAUCCGCAGCCGGCGAGCUUUUGGAGAUGGCCAACAUUUGGCGACACAGCAGCAACAUGCAACAUGCCAUGCCCCAGCAGCAGCAGCAGCAACAACAGCAGCAGCAGCAUCUAUUUGAGGAGCCGGCAGGUGGCGCUGCCUGCAUGCAGCUCUUCAACGACUAUCUAAACAUGACCAACUAAAGCCGCAAAUGUUACUCUAGCCAAAUUUAACAGAGAAUAGUAACAGUAACAUUAACAUUAACAGUAAAUAUUAACAGUAACAUUACAUACUAAUAGAGCAACGGCAACACAAACAACCAACAGGCAGGUAAAAGCAAAUUUCCAACAACAACUUUUAUAGCAAUAUAUCCAAAUAAAGAAAAACCAACUACUUUUGCCCCCUGCCAGCAAAAAAGUUGCUGUAGUUUCUUUUUAAACUAAUCUAACAAAAAACGUCAAAACGAUUUUACUAAAAAAGCAAAAAAAAACAAAACAAAA